GGGCGUGGCGCUGUUCAGGUGAGCCUCCUGCUCUUUUGACCAGAGAGGGUUGUGUCUACCUCAGGUCUUUGUGCUCGUCGCUUGCCUUUUCCUUUGCCGCACGUUUUCCAGGAUAACUGGAACUCCAGGCUCACAAUGGAUGCCCUGCAACUGGCAAAUUCAGCGUUUGCUGUUGAUCUUUUUAAACAACUGUGUGAAAAGGAGCCAGUGGGCAAUGUCCUCUUCUCUCCAAUCUGUCUCUCCACCUCUCUGUCACUUGCUCAAGUAGGUGCCAAAGGUGACACAGCAAGUGAAAUUGGACAGGUUCUUCAUUUUGAAAAUGUCAAAGAUGUGCCCUUUGGAUUUCAAACAGUAACAUCGGAUGUAAACAAACUUAGUUCCUUUUACUCAUUGAAACUAAUCAAGCGGCUCUAUGUAGACAAAUCUCUGAAUCCUUCAACAGAGUUCAUCAGCUCUACUAAGAGACCCUAUGCAAAAGAAUUGGAAACUGUUGACUUCAAAGAUAAAUUGGAAGAAACGAAAGGCCAGAUCAACAACUCAAUUAAGGAUCUCACAGAUGGCCACUUUGAGAACAUUUUAGCUGACAACAGUGUGAAUGACCAGACCAAAAUCCUCAUGGUUAAUGCUGCGUACUUUGUUGGAAAGUGGAUGAAGAAAUUUCCUGAAUCAGAAACAAAAGAAUGCCCUUUCAGAGUCAGCAAGACAGACACCAAACCAGUGCAAAUGAUGAAUCUGGAGGCCACGUUCUGUCUGGGCAACAUUGACAGUAUCAAUUCUAAGAUCAUAGAGCUUCCUUUUCAAAAUAAGCAUCUCAGCAUGCUCAUCCUCCUACCCAAGGACGUGGAGGAUGAGUCAACGGGCUUGGAGAAGAUUGAAAAACAACUCAGCUCAGAGUCGCUGUCGCAGUGGACCAAUCCCAGCACCAUGGCCAACGCCAAAGUCAAACUCUCCAUUCCAAAAUUUAAGGUGGAAAGGAGUAUUGAUCCCAAGGCUAGUCUGGAAAACCUAGGGCUGAAAAAUAUCUUUAAUGAAACAACAUCUGAUUUCUCUGGAAUUUCAGAGACUAAGGGAGUGGCCCUAUCAAAUGUCGUUCACAGAGUGUGCUUAGAAAUCACGGAAGAUGGCGGGGAUUCCAUUGAGGUGCCAGGGUCACGAAUCCUGCAGCACAAGGAUGAAUUCAAUGCCGACCACCCAUUUAUUUACCUCAUCAGGCACAACAAAACUCGGAACAUUGUGUUCUUUGGCAAAUUCUGUUCUCCUUAAAUAGCUUGGUGCAAAGUUAAGUCCCAACCUCCCACUCCCUACUUUUCUGUGGAUGCAGAUUUCUGUAAAUUCUGCAUCCAGAGAAUCCAUUUCUAAAUUCAAAAAAUUGUUAAUGUUGCUGGAUCAGGAAGCACCCAGUACAUGUCAUAUGUAGCCUUUGCAUUAAUAGGGUUUUCUUUUCCAAUUCUUUCCUUUGUUUCCCUUUUUUUCCUCAUAAAAGACAAUGACAUAUGCUUUUAAUGAAAAGGAAUCACCUUAGAGAAAAAUAUUUAUUUGUUAUUUGGCAAACUGUCCAGGGUUGUUGGCAGAAACAUAAUCUUCCACAAAGAAAAUUCCUAUAAGGAAGAUGUGGAGGAUCUUAUUCUCGGAGCUUUGCCUUCCUUCCCUGGGAUAUAGAAUAUUCCAGACAUUCUUAUUUCCCUGAAAGACUAUAAAGAAACUGGUGCACGGGACCCACAAAACUUCCCUGGAGCCUAGGAAACUUGGGCACGUGCUCAGGCUACUACAGGUCCAGAACUCCUUAUGUUUCUGGGAGGCAGAUGUUUUUUCAAAGUCUGAAUUUUUAGAAUUUUAGAAAGAUAAUAUGUCGCACAUACUUUAUAUUAUGGAACUCUAUUGAUAGGAUCUGAGACAGUACCCUAUAAAUCAACACCUAUAUAUUUCUGUAGCAAGGUAUAGAAUAUGUAUACAAAAUGGAUAAAUAAAGACUUUAGCCCUUAAGUGGUCAAUUUUUGAUGCCAAAUGAGUAUAGCACCAGCUUGUGAAAAUCCUUUUUUUGCAGAACUUUUUAGAUUGUGGAAUGUUAGGUAAGGAAGUAAAGACCUCUAGUAGCUAAAGUGCAAAAUCCCAGGGGGAAGUUCAGAUCUUAUUGAAAACCGACUUUCACUUUUGAUAGGUGUCCCACCUCAUCAUUUGAUUGGUGCUAGACUGGUGGCAGGGGCUUCUAACUGACUCAUAAGGUUUUGGAUGUUGGACGCCAGGGACUUGAAAUGCACAGGGACUCUCUCAAUGGCCAAUAAAAGAGUUUCGUGAAUGUUGAA